AUGGCCCCAACUAUCGUCUUCAUCACUGCUGCCGUCCGUGACCAAGCGCACUCGACCGCUCAGCUACUUGUCCGGCUACCCGCAGCAGAGAGUAGUCGUGUUAUAGUAGUCAAGUAUGAAGCAGGAAUUGAGCAGUCUGCCUUUGAUGCAGUCAAAGAAGCAACCAACUAUGACAUCAGCCACCUCGACAUCGUCGUCGCUAAUGCCGGCAUUGCCAAAUUGUAUCCACUCGCUAAGGACGUCAAAUGGGUCGAUAUAGUCGAGCAUGUUGAUAUCAACGUGUUAAAUGCUGUGUCGCUGUACCAAGCUACACACGGUCUGCUGCAGAAGUCCACCGGCAACCCCAUCUAUGCCAUCAUGGGAUCUGGAGCUGGUGGCCUCGCGUAUGUCUGCUCGACUUUGGACACAAAUGAGUGGCUCAAUGCGUUUGUCUUGGAUCCUGGCUGGGUGCAGACCGACAUGGGUAAUGAAGCUGCGCGGGAUUGGGGCUUGAAGGAGGCGCCCAACACCCUUGAAAAUUAUAUUACCGGGAUGAUCGAGGUUCUGAGCACGGGAACCAAGGAGCAGUAUGGCGGCAAGUUUGUAUUAUACUCAACUCAGGUGAGGUCCAGGAGUAGUAAUGGAUGGUAUGGACAGAUGGAAAUGCACCGAUUCCAGGCCAAGGCAGGGCUUUUCACAUGA